AUGGCUUCUCUCAACCUUCAAUUCCGUACCGCAACUCCAGAAGAUGCCAACCAGAUUCAAGAGCUGGUCCAGGCUGCGUUUCGCACCGAGGACAGCAGACCCGACUGGACUGGCAAUACGGAGCUCGCAUCCACUUUCCGGAUUGAUGUCGAGGAAGUGGCCUCCAAGAUUGCGAACCCGGAAAACACCAUCCUGAUGGCUCUCGACAACGACAACAGCCUGGUGGCAUCCAUCGAGGUCGCCAAGCGCGAUGGCAACUGUGGCCGCCUCUCCAUGAUUGCAGUCAGCGACCGCUAUCAGCGCAGUGGCGUUGGGCGCCUUGUCCUUGCUUACGCUGAAGCUUACUGUCGCCGGGUUUGGGGGGCUGAGAAGUUCUCGCUCAACGCACUUUCGAUACGCAAGACUCUUAUUGAGUGGUACAUGCGCCAGGGCUACCAAAAGACGGGCGAGACAUCGCCAUUUCCUCGCGAACGAUUCAUCAGUGUGGCUUUGCCGGAAGACAUGUGUUUCAUUGAAAUGGAGAAGGAUUUCAAGGGACCUCUUGAGACGGUCCAGCAAGCGUAA